AUGGUUAUCACAAAGGAUACUGCUCUUCCCUCUUAUGAGGAGUUGACUGUGCCUCAAGAGAUUACUUUGUCUUCUCCUUACUUGAAAGCUGUCAUUCCGUAUAUGGCGUACUCUUGUCAGGACGAAACAAAGGUAACAAAUUAUGUUUAUGUUUAUUUGCUUUAGGAAUUUAUGCUGAAGAGAAAAGAAUACGAAGAUCCCCGGAAGACAUUGAAGGAAGGAGCUGCUGUUACUGCAUGUGGAGUGAAGUUCUUGCAGUCUUUGAAGAGAACUUGCAAAGCUGAAACUGAUCAAUACGCCAAUUGCAUUGACAAAAGUUCUGCCGAAACAUACACAACUUAUUGUCGACAAGAACAGCUGGUUCUCGAUAGUUGUGUUGAAGACAAGUUAGGAAUCAAACGACCAAAACGUGGCUACUUCAGUAAACUUCAUGUUCAUGUUCCAAAAUUCGAUCCUCCACGUAAGUAUUUGUGGGCUAUUUUUCGUUUUUAAGUUUUUUUCAUAAUUUAUCUGAUCGAGAAGGCUUCGAUUAGCUAUGAAAAUUUAUUUUUGAAGUUAACAUGGCGAUUUUUAGAAAGAGUACAACGUGAUUAUAAGGCCGAAGCUGCUCAGGUGAUUGCCGAGCUUCCACCGGACGCUAAGGAGCUUAACCGAAAGGACUUCAAGAAUUUCAACGAAUGGGGAAAGGAUUUCCUCCGCGCCUAA